UCCGAAUAUCCUAAAAUGAAAGUAGGUGGUCUGUACGUUAAGUAUAGCAACAAUUGUGAAUCACUGCUACAGUAAGGAUCUUGGAGAAUAAGAAUGCAAGAACAGUCGCAUGUGGAUGAUGUUGCCAUGGUUACUGGAUGGAAUAUGGAUGUGGAUCCUGUCGUCUUUGGUGGGGAUUGUGGGAUUUGUUGUCUACACACUGGUAUCAAGCUCUGGCAGCGAUUUCUCCGACAACAGCAUAGACGCAUUCAUCAUACAGGAAGGUUCAAAAUCCAAGAAAGAGAAUGUGGACCAAUCUAUGGAUAACCGUCACUUGCGGUCGUAUGGUACGGAAGGAAAACAAGUGUUGAUCUUGUAUGGGACAGAAUAUGGAUUCAGUGAAGAAGUAGCUACUGUAUUGUUUGAUAAGAUUUCCUCUAUCGUACAGUCAGAUGAUGUUGGUCCUCUACAACCUCGGCUGGUCAACUGUAAACUUUACGAGUGUGUGGAGUUGUCCAGGGAACAGAUAUGUUUUGUUGUCAUAUCUACAAGUGGAGAUGGCGUCCCUCCCACUGAUGCACGUGGUUUCUAUGACAACCUGAUGUCAUGUGAUGAGGAGUUAUCUCACCUUCGGUUUUCUGUUCUGGCUCUGGGUGACUCCAACUAUCCACAUUUCUGUAAGACAGGACGUGACGUAAAUACAAGACUUUCCAAACGUCGAGCUGACCCAGUUGUAGGGUGCCAGGAUGUAGACGUGGAGGACUGGGCUGUCAUCAACUGCUGGAUGGACAGUGUUGUAGAAUAUCUGAAGUCAUGUGACCUCUGUGUGUGUAUGGACUAUUUACAAAUUACUGCCGACCAGUCAUCGGAAGGACAUGAUAGACAUAAUCCAUUUAUGGCUGUCUUGCAGGUGAAGGAUCUGUUGACAGACGCCCAACAAUGUAAUGAUGACAAGGAGGUCGUCCACUGCGAGUUUAACAUCAGUGGUAGUCACAUGACAUGGACAUCAGGUGAUGCUCUCGGGAUAUACCCAGAGAACAAUCCUGACCAUGUGUCAGCCAUAUUGGAUACAUUGACAUGGCGGGAGACGGAGAUGUUUCCUGUACCAAACGGGGCCUAUCACCCACAUAAUGAUACAGCAAGUAUAAGAACUCUGCUGCUCAAAUAUUAUGACAUCAAAACCAUCAAGCCAGAACUUCUACAGACUUUACAGACUGUGGUCACAAACACAAACCAGAGGGAGACGUUGUCACGGCUACUACAGGCAGGGACUGGGAAGUCUAAUAAAGCCCUGCAGGAGUAUGUGGCAGUGAGAGAAGUGAGAGAUGUCCUUCAGGAAUAUAAACCAGCUGUGUUGUCUCCACGGCAACUACUGCCCUGCCUAAAACCACUCCAACCAAGAUAUUACUCCAUAUCAUCUUCCCCUUUAAAGGCCUCUACCGCUGUCUGUGUGACGGUAGCCGUUCUGCGUUACAAGACCCUGUCGGUAGGGCGGGAGGGUGUAACCACCUCACACCUACUAGACCGUACGCAGGUCGGUCAAUCAAGCCCGGUGUUCAUGAGCCGGAACCCCGACUUCCGCCUCCCUGACAAACACACCACACCGGUGAUUCUGAUUGGCCCAGGUACAGGGAUAGCCCCCUUCAGAGCAUUCAUACAAGAAAGAGAACUCAGUCCUGACAAAGGGGAGAUCCACCUGUAUUUUGGCUGCAGACAUAAGUCUGGGGAUUUCUUAUACAAAGAGGAGCUGGAGAAAUACAGCAGAGAUGGCCUGAUUUGUCUUCGAGUGGCAUUCUCCCGGGACCAGGCCAGGAAGGUAUAUGUUCAGGACCUUCUGAGAGAGGAUAGGGCCAAAGUCUGGGACCUGGUUACCAAGAGAAAUGGCCACCUGUAUGUGUGUGGUGAUGCCAGACACAUGGCCAAAGAUGUCCAUCAAGGCUUGACCGAUAUUGUCCAGUCCUGUGGUCAGUUGGAAAGACUUGAGGCUAAUGAGUACCUCAGGCUGUUAGAGAUACAGGGACGUUAUCAAAAAGAUGUCUGGGUCACUUAGUCUAGAGAGAUAGGGGCUACAGUCUAACACAGGCCGUUAGAGGUACAGGGACGUUAUCAAAAAGAUGUCUGGGUCACAAAGUCCAGAGAGAGAUGGGGGCUUCAGACUAACAUGGGCAGAUAUAGAUACAGGGACGUCAUUAACAAAAUGUCUGGGUCACUUAGUCUAGAGAGAUAGGGGCUACAGUCUAACACAGGCAGUAAGAGAUACAGGGACGUUAUCAGAAAGAUAUCUGGGUCACUAAGUCUAGAGAGAUAUAGGCUACAGUCUAACACAGGCAGUUAGAAAUACAGGGACCUUAUUAACAAGAUAUCUGGGUCACUUAGUCUAGAGAGAUAGGGGCUACAGAGUAACACAGGUAGAUAAAGACACAGGGACAUUAUCAGAAAGAUGUCUGGGCCACUUAGUCUAGAGAGAUGGGGGCUACAGUCUAACACAGGCAGUUAGAGAUACAGGGACGUCAUUAACAAGGUAUCUGGGUCACUUAGUCUAGAGAGAUAGGGCUACAGUCUAACACAGGCAGUUAGAAAUACAGGGACGUCAUUAACAAGGUAUCUGGGUCACUUAGUCUAGAGAGAUAGGGGCUACAGUCUAACACAGGCAGUAAGAGAUACAGGGAUGUUAUCAGAAAGAUAUCUGGGUCAAUUAGUCUAGAGAGAUAUGGUCUACAGUCUAACACAUGCCGUUAGAGAUACAGGGACGUUAUCAAAAAGAUGUCUGGGUCACUUAGUCUAGAGGGAUAAAGGCUUCAGAGUAACACAGGUAGAUAAAGACACAGUGACAUUAUCAGAAAAAUGUCUGGGUCACUAAGUCUAGAGAGAUAAAGGCUACAGUCUAACACAGGUAAAUAAAGACACAAGGACAUUAUCAGAAAGAUGUCUGGGUCACUUAGUCUAGAGAGAUAAAGGCUACAGAGUAACACAGGUAAAUAAAGACACAGGGACCUUAUCAGAAAGAUGUCUGGGCCACUUAGUCUAGGGAGAUAAAGGCUACAGAGUAACACAGGUAAAUAAAGACACAAGGACAUUAUCAGAAAGAUGUCUGGGUCACUUAGUCUAGAGAGAUAAAGGCUACAGAGUAGCACAGGUAGAUAAAGACACAGUGACAUUAUCAGAAAAAUGUCUGGGUCACUAAGUCUAGAGAGAUAAAGGCUACAGUCUAACACAGGUAAAUAAAGACACAAGGACAUUAUCAGAAAGAUGUCUGGGUCACUUAGUCUAGAGAGAUAAAGGCUACAGAGUAACACAGGUAGAUAAAGACACAGGGACAUCAUCAGAAAGAUGUCUGGGUCACUAAGUCUAGAGAGAUAGGGGCUACAGAGUAACACAGGUAGAUAAAGACACGGGGACAUUAUCAGAAAAAUGUCUGGGUCACUUAUUCUAGAGAGAUAGGGGCUACAGUCUAACACAGGCAGUUAGAGAUACAGGGACGUCAUUAACAAGAUGUCUGGGUCACUUAGUCUAGAAAGAUAGGGGCUACAGUCUAACACAGACAGUUAGAAAUACAGAGACGUUAUCAACAAGAUAGCUGGGUCACUUAGUCUAGAGAGAUAGGGGCUACAGUCUAACACAGGCAGUUAGAAAUACAGGGACGUUAUCAACAAGAUAUCUGGGUCACUAAGUCUAGCUCUAGAGAUAGGGGCUACAGUCUAACACAGGCAGUUGCCCUGGUUACCUCUGCCACCUGACAUUUUGGAUUGUGUGAUACUUUUAUUGUGUUAUCUCAUUUGUUA